UUUGCGGGCCGGGCUAGGCGCGCGUGGCUUGGCCCUUUGCUCCGGUCAUGGCGCUGAGCGAGGCGGCCAGGCUCCGGGCCGAGAUCGGCCGCAGGGAACAGGAGCUGGGCGCCCUGCAGGGGCAGCUGGCCGCCGUCCUGGCGAGAGAGGCCGCUGAGGAGCUGGCGGCGGGGCCGGCGCUGCCCCCCUUGGAGGCGAGGGCCUCCCUCAGCCCGGCGGAGAUCCUGCGCUACAGCCGGCAGCUAGUGCUUCCCGAGCUGGGAGUGCGAGGGCAGCUGCGCCUGUCCCGCUGCGCCGUGCUGGUGGUGGGCUGCGGCGGGCUGGGCUGCCCCCUGGCCCAGUAUUUGGCGGCCGCCGGCAUCGGCCGCUUGGGGCUGGUAGAUCACGAUGUGGUGGAGAUGAGCAACCUGCACCGGCAGGUCCUUCACGGGGAAGCUAGGGAAGGGCUGCCUAAGGCCCUGUCUGCAGCUGCCACCCUGCGGCAGCUGAACUCCAGGGUGCAGUAUGUGCCCUACCACCUGGCCCUGAGCCCAGGCACUGCCCUGGAACUGGUCCGGCAGUACGACGUGGUGGCCGACUGCUCAGACAACGUCCCCACCAGGUACCUGGUCAGUGAUGCGUGUGUCCUCGCUGGGAAGCCGCUUGUAUCAGCCAGUGCUCUCCGCCUGGAGGGGCAGCUGGUCGUGUACAACUACCGAGGGGGACCCUGCUACCGCUGUCUCUUCCCAAAGCCUCCUCUACCGGAGACAGUGACCAACUGUGCAGAUGGGGGAGUCCUGGGUGUUGUGCCAGGCAUCAUGGGGUGCAUCCAGGCCUUGGAGGUGCUGAAGAUAGCUUCAGGGAUAGGUUCUGCCUUCAACCAGUUCAUGCUAAUGUUCGAUGCCCUUGAAGGCAGAUUUCGCAACAUCAGGUUAAGACCCAAGAAACCAGACUGUGCCAUUUGUGGUGACAAGCCAACUCUGACCAGCCUACAGGAUUAUGAAGCAUUCUGUGGUUCAUCAGCAACAGACAAGUGUAGAACUUUAUGCCUACUGCCAAGUGAACAAAGGAUAUCUGUAGAGGAGUACAAAAAGCUACUGGAUGAGCAAGUUCCUCAUAUACUGGUAGAUGUUCGUCCACAGGUAGAAGUGGACAUUUGUUAUCUUGUACACUCUGUCCAUAUUCCUUUAAGUAAACUAGAAGGAAAAAAUGAAGAAUGUUUGAAAUUUUUAGAAAAAAGAAUAUGUGAAGAAAAGCAGAGAACUAAUGGCAAAAUGACUUUCCCUGUAUAUGUUAUUUGCAAACUAGGAAAUGACUCCCAGAAGGCUGUGCGAGUUUUACAGGAGUUGUCUGACAAAGAACUUGGUUUGAUAUUGGCUAAGGAUAUCAGAGGGGGGCUUAUGGCUUGGGCUAGCAAAAUUGAUCCAUCGUUUCCCCAGUACUAACAUUCUACAUAUCAGAAUAGAAAUUAUCAUAAAUUUCUACUGCUCAAUGGUCUAGUUUUAUACCUGCUCAGUUUAGUAACUACUAUGUGCAAAAUGGGGAGAAGAUACCACAAAGUUAUGUGUUAAGUGCUUUCCAUGUUAACUUCUAAAAAUUCUGUAUAUGUUUGAAAUUAAUUUCUCUUUGUUAACAUUCUAAAUGUUUGUACAAAAGAAAUAAUAUA